AUGCUCAAAUUCGGACAAAGACGUUUUCUUAGCACUUCAAGAAUCCUCGCUCAGGCCAUCAAACACGAUGUCGUCGUGAUUGGUGGUGGACCUGGUGGUUAUGUCGCUGCCAUUAAGGCUGCACAAUUGGGUCUAGAUACUGCUUGCAUUGAGAAAAGAGGGGCCCUUGGAGGAACCUGUUUGAAUGUUGGUUGUAUCCCUUCUAAGUCUCUGUUGAACAACUCUCACCUUUAUCACACCAUCAAGCACGAUACUAAAGAGAGAGGAAUCAACGUUGCUGAUGUUCAAAUUGACAUUGGCCAAUUGCAAAAUGCCAAGGAGAAAUCUGUGAAGCAAUUGACUGGAGGUAUCGAAAUGCUGUUUAAGAAAAACGGUGUCAAAUAUUACAAGGGUUCUGGUUCUUUCGUUGAUGAACACACUAUCAACGUUGAUCCUGUUGAGGGAGGCGACAAAGUUGAACUCAAAGCUGAUAAUGUGAUUAUUGCUACUGGAUCUGAACCUUCGCCAUUCCCAGGAAUUACUGUCGACGAGGAGCGUAUCGUGACUUCAACUGGAGCUUUGGACUUGAAGGAGGUUCCAAAGCGUAUGGCUAUUAUUGGUGGUGGUAUCAUUGGUUUGGAAAUGGCUUCUGUUUGGUCUAGAGUAGGCUCUGAAGUCACUAUCAUUGAAUACCGUGACAGUAUUGGUGCUGGUAUGGAUGCCGAAGUUGCAAAGAGUACGCAAAAGUUCUUGACCAAGCAAGGCUUGAAGUUCAAGUGUGGUGCCAAGGUCACUAAGGGUGAACGCGUAGGCGAAGUUGUGAACAUUGAGAUUGAAACAACAAAGGAUGGUAAAACUGAGCAAUUUGAGGCUGAUGUCCUAUUAGUUGCCGUUGGCCGUAGACCUUACACUGAAGGCUUGAACGCCGAGGCAAUUGGAUUGGACUUUGACAACAGAGGAACUUUGGUCAUCGACUCUGAAUACCGUACCAAGCACCCUCAUAUUCGUGUAAUUGGAGAUGUUACUUUUGGUCCUAUGUUGGCUCACAAGGCUGAGGAAGAAGGUAUUGCCGCCGCAGAGUUUAUAAAGAAGGGCCAUGGUCACGUCAAUUACGGAAACAUUCCAUCUGUUAUGUACACUCACCCAGAAGUCGCUUGGGUUGGUCAGAACGAACAACAACUUAAGGAGGCUGGUAUCAAAUACAAAGUUGGUAAAUUCCCAUUUAUUGCUAACUCUAGAGCUAAGACCAACUUGGACACUGAAGGAUUUGUUAAGUUCCUUGCUGAUGCCGAAACUCAACGUGUUCUGGGUGUUCACAUCAUCGGUCCCAACGCUGGUGAGAUGAUUGCUGAGGCUGGGCUUGCUUUAGAAUACGGUGCUUCUACAGAAGAUAUCGCUCGUGUCUGCCAUGCUCAUCCUACUUUGUCGGAGGCUUUCAAGGAAGCAGCUCUGGGUACCUUUGACAAGACUAUCAACUUUUAA